UCGAUAACGGCUAAUGGGCGAAACGCGGCUGGUCAAGGUUGUAAAAAAGAGUGUCUUACUGUCGUAUAUUAUGCGCCGUUUUCAUCCCAAAAUACUCGAAAGUUUCAUUUCUUGGCAAAUUCUUCUUCGAAUGUCAAAGUUUGCGAGCCUGGCUGCGCGAGGCGGUGACGUCACGAGGCGGGGUCACGCGCAGGUCGGUUCAAGCAGAGUUCACGAGCACAAACACAACUCCUGCAAUCAGCGGCCAGCUGCCAGCGUUGGACCGAACCGGGACCAGCUUGCAGUCUGCCCGUCUUCCCGCUCCAUGGCCCGCUGACGCCGCGAGGACCAGCUCCUUCCCCUCCGCGGAGCCGCAGUCCGUCAUGUUCGACUACGUGGACUUCCAAGUGUUCGGUACCGCAGAGACGGACCACCGGGACUGCAUGUACGAGCAGGAGCGCCGCUGCGCAGCCGACCUCCCGGAGCUCUUCCUCGGCCACUGGCGGCGCGAGGGUUCGGUGUUCGGCGUGGAAGAAGCGCCGCGACGGUACCGAACCGGUUCAGACGUGGGUAGCCAUAGCUCCGCCUCCAGCUCCGAUGACCCGUUCACAGGCUCCGCCUCCUCGCCGCCGCCGCCGCCCCCGCGCACCUACAAGCCGUGCUUCGUGUGCCAGGACAAGUCUUCGGGAUACCACUAUGGCGUCAGCGCCUGUGAGGGCUGCAAGGGCUUCUUCCGCCGCAGCGUGCAGAAGAAGAUGGCGUACACGUGCCACCGGGACGAGAAGUGCGUCAUUAACAAGGUGACCAGGAACCGCUGUCAGUACUGUCGUCUGCAGAGGUGCUUCGCUGUGGGAAUGUCUAAAGAGUCGGUGAGGAAUGACAGAAACCGUCUGAAGGCCAAGGAGGAGCCGAAGAUGUCCAUCGCAGAGACGUACGAGAUGACGGCCGAGCUGGACGUCAUCGUGGAGAAGAUCUGCAGGGCCCACAGGGACACAUUUCCCUCCCUUUGCCAGCUGGGGAAAUACACCACAAACUCCAGCUCGGACCACAGGGUCCAGCUGGACCUUGGCUUGUGGGACAAGUUCAGUGAGCUGGCCACCAAGUGCAUCAUCAAGGUGGUGGAGUUUGCCAAGCGAGUGCCGGGCUUCACAGGCCUCACCAUCGGCGACCAGAUCACGCUGCUGCGGGCCGCCUGUCUGGACAUGCUGAUUCUGAGGAUCUGCACCCGCUACACCCCCGACAACGACACCAUGACGUUCUCCGACGGCCUGACGCUGACCCGCACUCAGAUCCACAAUGCGGGCUUCGGGCCCCUGACGGAUCAGGUGUUCACCUUCGCCGGCCAGCUGCUGCCGCUGCAGAUGGACGAGACGGAGAGCGGCCUCCUCAGCGCCAUCUGCCUGGUCUCCGGAGACCGUCAGGACCUGAAGGAGCCGUCCAAGGUGGAGGUGCUGCAGGAGCCGCUGCUGGAGGCGCUGAAGAUCUACUCCCGCAAGCGGCGGCCCAGUGUGCCUCUGGUGUUCCCCAGGGCCCUCAUGAAGAUCACAGACCUGCGCAGCAUCAGCGCCAAAGGGGCGGAGCGAGUGGUGACCCUGAAGAUGGAGAUCCCGGGCGCCAUGCCGCCGCUCAUCGAGGAGAUGCUGGAAGACCUGCAGAACCUGGAGAAAGACCAGAAGAAACUCUCGGAGAGCCGAGGAGCGAGGUGUACGACACACUGGUAGUUAUUCCACAAGACCCCAAAGCCAAACAGAAGAUGUAAGUUCAUAUUUUUCUUUUUUUUCCCCUUUUUUUUACUCAAAUCUCUCACAUUAUUUUAUUUUAACCCUUUGAAGGCCUUCUGAUCAGAUAGUGUCACAAUUUUUAAUUAGCACACAUUUGCAUAACACAAGUUAAUUGAUUAAUUUGUGACUUUAUCUGAUCAGAAGGCCUUCCAAUUUAUAACAAAAGCAUCACACGUUUGAACUACCGUAUUUUUCGGAGUAUAAAUCGCACCGGAGUAUAAGUCGCACCUGCUGAAAAUGCAUAAUAAAGAAGGAAAAAAACAUAUAUAAGUCGCACUGGAGCUCGGCCAAACUAUGAAAAAAAACUGCGACUUAUAGUCCGAAAAAUACGGUAUUUUGGAUUGUUUUUGAGAAAUGGGAGCAAAAAAAAAAACAUCUAAUAUUUUUACACUUACAUGUUCUGUUUGGCUUGAAGAUGAUAAAAAAAUCAACACUUUUUUAACACGUAAGGUUAAAGUGUUGAAAUCGUUUUUGUACUGUAACGUUUGUCACAGAAUAAACGUACUUAUAGGUUGAUGUGAUGUGUCCACAUAACACAUCACGUAUAUAAAACGUAACAAAAGUGUCGUCACAGGACUCCAGUGGGAUAUUUGCAGUUUUUGUCCCGCUAGUUCAUCAUCAUGUCGUAUACUUGAAAUAAUAACAUUGCUAAUAAUGUUCACUUCUGCUUGCCGGGUGACUUUUUCAAUGCCUUAACGAGCCUUUACAAGUUGACGAGUUUACAAUAUCAAUAAAACUAUAGAUUGUUUUAUCAAACUAAGUUUGUUGGAUCAUGCUAAGUGAGUACUGUCGCCGUGACAACCUCUAACAGCUGCUCACUCUUCUUCUGCGUACAAUCUGAUGUGAUAUGUACUUUUUUUUAUAAAAAUAUUAAACACCGCUGCUGACUCAUGUCUUUGCAUGUUACAAUAAUGCUAAUAUCCUGUAUUUAGAGUUAGUAUAGUUUUAUGUGCCCCUGUAUUAGUUAGCCCUGGGCGAUAAAUCCAUUUUAUUGAUAUAUUCAAGUUUUUUUGCUGCAGACGAUUUAAAAAAAUGAAAAAUAAAUGUUUUUUCUCCUUUU